AUGUUGUUCGUGGCCCACGUCUUCCUGCUGCUGGGACUGGCCAAUGCGGUGCCUAUGCCCGGCUCCCUUGAUGUGGCGUCGCAUCUGGCGGCGCGCUCAUCGGACUACUGGGUGGCCGAUAUCAAACGUCAGGGCACCGUGCCCUUUGGCAACAGCACCAGCAGCUAUCAGAUCUACCGUAACGUCAAGGACUUUGGUGCCAAAGGUGAUGGCUCCACUGAUGACACCGAUGCUAUCAAUGAGGCCAUCUCAUCUGGUAACCGGUGCGGCGCCAACUGCGACUCUUCCACGACCACCCCGGCCCUGGUGUACUUUCCUCCGGGUACCUAUGUGGUGUCCAAGCCCAUUGUGCAGUAUUACUACACCCAGAUGGUCGGUGAUGCCAAUGAUCUCCCCGUCCUCAAGGCAGCUGCUAGCUUCACCGGUAUGGCCGUGAUUGAUGCGGAUCCCUACACCAGCACUGGGGCCAAUUGGUACACGAACCAGAACAACUUCUUCCGCGCGGUUCGCAACUUUGUCAUCGACCUGACUGCCAUGCCCUCGUCGUCCGGUGCUGGUAUUCACUGGCAGGUCGGCCAGGCCACGAGUCUGCAGAAUAUCCGUUUCGAGAUGAUCAAGGGUGGUAGCAACAACAAGCAACAGGGUAUCUUCAUGGACAACGGCUCCGGUGGUUUCAUGUCUGAUCUCACCUUUAACGGCGGCAACUACGGUGCCUUCCUCGGCAACCAACAGUUCACCACGCGUAACUUGACCUUUAACGACUGCAACACUGCCAUCUACAUGAACUGGAACUGGGCCUGGACCUUCAAGUCGGUCAGCAUCAACAACUGCCAGGUCGGCUUGAACAUGUCCGCCUCGCCUUCCAACCAGACCGUCGGAUCAGUCCUCAUGCUCGACAGCACAUUUACCAGCACCCCAACUGGUAUUGUUACUGCCUUCAGCAGCGACAGCAUUCCCACCGGUGGCGGUGCUUUGGUUCUUGACAACGUUGACUUCUCCGGUUCUACCGUUGCCAUUGCCGGCGUCGACGGAAACACCAUCCUGGCCGGCGGCUCGGUUGUCGCCAACUACGUGCAGGGCAAUGCUUACACUCCGUCUAGCACCGUCAACAAGCGCUCUCCGGCUGUUGAUGUCCAAGUGGUCACUCAAACUGUUGUGGAGACCAUCCUUGCUUGCCCUGCCGAGUAUGGCACCGAAUCCGCUGCUGGUUCGGCCUCCACCGCUGUCCAGGCCGGUGCUGAAAGUACUGGAACUCGUGUCAUGCCCCUGCCCUCGAUGUCUGUGCAAUACCCCUCCGGUGGCAGCUACAGCUGGGCCGGAUUCGACAGCACCGCCGAAGGAAGCCAAGCCACCAACGCCGCCUCGGUCCCCGCCGUUGGCACAUCCGCCGGACCUUCUCCCGCUGGGGCUACUGGGGCUUCCGUUGUGGCUCAGGGUUCCAGCUCUGCGUCUGCUGCAAACGUACAGGCCUCAUCCAGUGCCUCGGCCUCUGGCUCUUACUUUGGCACCGCCACCAACUCGACCGGCCAGUGCACGACCAAGACCGUCACCAAAACCCGCCUCGAAACGACUAUUGCCUCCCAGGCCAUGGCCAGCUCGUUGCUGACCAGCAGCGGUGGCGUCUUCGAGAAGUCCCGCCCCCUGUACGAGUCCUACUCGUCCUCGUCCUUUGUCAGCAUCAAGUCUGCCGGUGCCAAGGGUGACGGUUCCACCGACGACACGGCUGCCAUCCAGAAGGUUCUGGACGCCGCAACCGAUGACCAGAUCGUUUACUUCGACCAUGGUGCUUACAUUAUCACCGACACUAUCAAGGUGCCCAAGCACAUCAAGAUCACCGGUGAAGUGUGGCCCAUGCUCAUGGCGUACGGCGACAAAUUCUCCGAUGCGACCAACCCCAUCCCCAUGCUUCAGAUUGGCGAGGUCGGCGACUCGGGCUCGGUCGAGAUUAGUGACCUGAUUCUCGAGACCAAGGGUCCUGCCCCUGGUGCCAUCCUGAUGCAGUGGAACGUCCAGGCCUCCUCUCAGGGCUCCGCUGGUAUGUGGGACACCCACGCCCGCAUCGGCGGCUCCGCGGGUACCGAGCUCCAGAGCGACAAGUGCAUGAAGACCCCCAAGGAGACCACCACCCCCAACACCGAGUGCAUCGGCGCCUUCCUGCUCUUCCAGGCCACUGAGAAGGCCAGCGCCUACCUGGAGAACACCUGGUUCUGGACAGCGGACCAUGACCUCGACAUGUCCGACCACAGCCAGAUCAACAUCUACAACGGUCGCGGUGUGUUGAUUGAGAGUCAGGGCCCCGUCUGGCUGUAUGGUACCGCCUCGGAGCACAACCAGCUGUACAACUACCAGGUGUCCAACGCCAAAAACGUCUUCAUGGGCCUGAUCCAGACCGAGACCCCCUACUACCAGGCCAACCCCAACGCGCUCACUCCUUUCACCCCGCAGACCGCCUGGAACGACCCCGACUUCUCCUACUGCACCACUGACUCGUGCCGCAAGGCCUGGGGUCUUCGUGUCAUCAACAGCACUGACACCUACGUGUACGGCGCUGGUCUGUACAGCUUCUUCGACAACUACUCGCAGACCUGCCUGGACACGGAAUCGUGCCAGGAGAACAUUGUCGAGGUGGACUGCUCGGACGUGCACAUCUACGGUCUGAGCACCAAGGCCAGCACCAACAUGAUCACCUCAUCCAGCGGUGAUAUGAUUGUCCCACAGGAGGGUAACGAAAGCUCCUACUGCUCGACAAUUGCCCUGUUCGAGCAAUCAUCGUCUAUUUAA